CAUAAUCAACGGCUUUGCCCUGCCGCUGAAAGCGGAACACAAGCAGUUCCUGGUGAAGUGUUUGCUACCGCUACACAAGGUCAAGGUGUUAUCGCUGUACCAUGCUCAGCUCGCGUACUGCGUGGUGCAGUUCCUGGAAAAGGACGCCUCGCUGACGGAACCGGUGGUGCGCGGGCUGCUCAAGUUCUGGCCAAAGACCUGCUCCCAGAAGGAGGUGAUGUUCCUCGGCGAAAUCGAGGAAAUCCUGGACGUGAUCGAACCGCCACAGUUCAUCAUCCAGGAACCACUGUUCCGGCAAAUCUCCAAGUGCGUCUCAAGUCCGCACUUUCAGGUCGCCGAACGAGCGCUUUACUUCUGGAACAAUGAGUAUGCGAUGUCGCUGAUCGAGGACAACAACGCCGUCAUCAUGCCGAUUAUGUUCCCGGCCUUGUACCGGAUUAGCAAAGAGCACUGGAACCAGACGAUCGUGGCCCUCGUCUACAACGUGCUGAAAACGUUUAUGGAGAUGAACUCCAAACUGUUCGACGAACUGACGGCCAGCUACAAGGCGGAGCGACAGAAGUGAGUAUCGUUGUUCAGGUCGUUUGCGAGUAAAACCGGUUACGUGUUAAGGGAUGAACGUGAUUUAGGGUAGUAACUGUAAAUAUGAAUAAUUCACAUCUAAAAAAAAUCAAACGAAAUUUUGCGUUAUGAUUGUUUGCAAAUGAUUAUUUCUCCGACGUACAGUUCCCUAUAUGGUUAAUUAAAUUUGGUUAAUCUUUGGAAGUACAUGCUAUCACAAAGUUUACUACACUGUACAUAACAGGGGACUGAUACGGCUGUCAUCCUGCAUACAUGUCGGCGCUUCCUCACAUCGUUUUGGUACUUCACGUUUUA